AUGGAGCUUCCGGUAACGGACAUCGUACAGCUAUGUCAGAAAUACAACACUAUUUCGGUCAUUGAAGGUGGUCAUUGUCCUGGACAGUUUCCACUUGAUUUUGACAAAAUAGAGGCUGACUUCUUCACAGGCAACUUUCAUAAAUGGAUGUUCGCGCCAUGGGGAUGUGCCUUCGUGUGGAAGAACAAGAAAGUUACUUUCCCCUUGAGGUCAUUGAUGAGUUCGUCGCCGGCCUACGACCUUGUGUCACAGUUUUGUUUUCAGGGUACCAAGGACUACAGCUGUUACAGCUCCUUACCUGUCGCUGUGGAAUACUUCAAGUCUAAAGGAGAAAUUGAGCGGAUAUCGGGAUACAACACAAGAUUUAUACAAUUGGCAUCAGAUUAUUUGAUUUCGCUGUGGAAUACGGGCAAAUUAGAAAUCCCGGAGUCGAUGGAGCCUCCAUACCUCAGGAUGAUACGCCUGCCGGAAAUCAAUGGCUUCGGUACCUCGAAGGAAGAUGCUAAUUCGCUGAUGGAUAUCAUUUUCCUUAAUUAUCAUAUCGACGCAUGUCUGAAGUCUGUUCAAAAUGAAUUGUACGCCCGAUUGUCAGCCCAGAUCUACAACUGCCUUGAUGACUAUAAAAUAUUUGGGGAAGCAAUACUGUUGUUGAUGAAAACAAACUCACGCCUUUCAUGA